GCGGGCGGUGGCGGCGGCGGCGCGGUGCGCGCCGGGGGGCGGGGCCCGGCGGCAGUUGCUGGCAAGCCCGGGAGGCCGAGACCGCUGUCGUUGCCUCCGCCGUCGCAUCCCCUGAGGGAGUCGUGUCGGCGCCCCCUUGGUCCCCAAGCUCGCGGGUUGCUCUACAGGCUCGUGUACGCUCCCGGACUCGCCAGCCGCUCGCCAUUCGCCUUGCCAACCGUGCCUCCUGCAGCAUGUGUGGUAUAUUUGCUUACUUAAACUACCAUGUUCCUCGCACAAGACGAGAAAUUUUGGAGACGCUAAUCAAAGGCCUUCAGCGACUGGAGUACAGAGGAUACGAUUCUGCUGGUGUGGGAAUUGACGGAGGCAAUGAUAAAGAUUGGGAAGCCAAUGCCUGCAAAAUCCAGCUCAUUAAGAAGAAAGGAAAAGUUAAGGCACUGGAUGAAGAAGUUCACAAACAACAAGAUAUGGAUUUGGAUAUAGAAUUUGAUGUACACCUUGGAAUAGCUCAUACCCGUUGGGCAACACAUGGUGAACCGAAUCCUGUCAAUAGCCACCCCCAGCGGUCUGAUAAAAAUAAUGAAUUUAUUGUUAUUCACAAUGGAAUCAUCACCAACUACAAGGACUUGAAAAAGUUUCUGGAAAGUAAAGGCUAUGACUUUGAGUCUGAAACAGACACAGAGACAAUUGCCAAGCUUGUUAAGUACAUGUAUGACAAUCGGGAAAGUCAAGAUACAAGUUUUACUACCUUGGUGGAGAGAGUCAUCCAACAAUUGGAAGGUGCUUUUGCACUUGUAUUUAAAAGUGUCCAUUUUCCUGGCCAAGCAGUUGGCACAAGACGAGGAAGCCCUCUGUUGAUUGGUGUACGAAGUGAGCAUAAACUGUCUACUGACCACAUUCCAAUUCUCUACAGAACAGCUAGGACUCAGAUUGGAUCAAAAUUCACACGGUGGGGAUCACAGGGAGAAAGAGGCAAAGAUAAGAAAGGAAGCUGCAAUCUCUCCCGUGUGGACAGCACAACUUGCCUUUUCCCUGUUGAAGAAAAAGCAGUGGAAUAUUACUUUGCUUCUGAUGCAAGUGCUGUCAUCGAACACACCAAUCGCGUCAUCUUUCUUGAGGAUGACGAUGUCGCCGCAGUGGUAGAUGGCCGUCUUUCUAUCCAUCGAAUUAAACGGACUGCGGGAGAUCACCCUGGACGAGCUGUGCAGACCCUCCAGAUGGAACUCCAGCAGAUCAUGAAGGGCAACUUCAGUUCCUUCAUGCAGAAGGAAAUUUUUGAACAGCCAGAGUCAGUUGUGAACACAAUGAGAGGAAGAGUCAACUUUGAUGACUAUACUGUGAAUUUGGGCGGUUUGAAGGAUCACAUUAAGGAGAUCCAGAGGUGUCGGCGUUUGAUUCUUAUUGCUUGUGGAACAAGUUACCAUGCUGGUGUAGCAACACGUCAAGUUCUGGAAGAACUGACUGAGUUGCCUGUUAUGGUGGAGCUUGCCAGUGACUUCCUAGAUAGAAACACCCCAGUUUUUCGAGAUGAUGUUUGCUUUUUCAUUAGUCAGUCAGGAGAGACAGCAGAUACCUUGAUGGGACUUCGGUACUGUAAGGAGAGAGGAGCUUUAACUGUGGGGAUCACAAACACAGUCGGCAGUUCCAUAUCGAGAGAGACAGACUGUGGAGUUCAUAUCAAUGCUGGGCCUGAGAUUGGUGUGGCCAGCACAAAAGCAUAUACCAGCCAGUUUGUAUCUCUUGUGAUGUUUGCUCUUAUGAUGUGUGAUGACAGGAUCUCCAUGCAGGAGAGACGCAAAGAGAUCAUGCUUGGAUUGAAGCGGCUGCCCGAUUUGAUUAAGGAAGUUUUGAGCAUGGAUGAUGAAAUUCAGAAACUGGCAACAGAACUUUAUCACCAGAAGUCAGUCUUGAUAAUGGGCCGUGGCUAUCAUUAUGCUACUUGUCUUGAAGGGGCCCUGAAAAUUAAAGAAAUCACUUACAUGCACUCUGAAGGUAUCCUUGCUGGUGAGUUGAAACAUGGCCCUCUGGCUUUGGUGGAUAAGUUGAUGCCUGUCAUCAUGAUCAUCAUGAGAGAUCACACCUACGCCAAGUGUCAGAAUGCUCUACAGCAAGUGGUUGCUAGGCAGGGACGGCCCGUGGUGAUCUGUGACAAGGAAGACACUGAGACCAUUAAGAACACAAAAAGAACAAUCAAGGUGCCCCACUCAGUGGACUGCCUGCAGGGCAUUCUCAGCGUGAUCCCUUUACAGCUGCUGGCCUUCCACCUGGCUGUGCUGAGAGGUUAUGAUGUUGAUUUCCCUCGGAAUCUUGCCAAAUCUGUAACCGUAGAAUAAGGAGCAUCUGAAACUGGGCGAUUAAGCAACACAAGACACCUUUGUAUUUAAAACUUGAUUUAAGAUAUCACCCCUUUAAGCCUUUUUUAGUAAAUCCUUAUUUAUAUAUCAGUUAUAAUUAUUCCAUUCAAUUUGUGAUUUUUGUGAAAUUACCUCAUAUUUUUCCAGUGAUUUGUGGGGGAGUUUGAAUAGUGGAAUCUAUGUUGGUAUCGGUAUCAGAGCGAGUUAGCUCUCAUUUUCUUUAAAGGAUGCUGAGUGUUGGAUUUUGGGACCCUCCACUUCAAACUGAAAGGAUUGUGUGUUAUUAAAAUAAUUGGCAUUUGUUUCAGCAUACAUUGACAUUUCAUUCAGGCCAAUGAAAGUGUGUUUAAUUGGAAAGUGUGUUUAAUUGGAAUAUUUAAAGCCAGUGACAGUGUACUUGGAUAUUUAAUUAAGGUUUUGCUAAGUUAUAAAGAAAAAAUGCCAUGAUUAUUUUGAAAUUUAUUGUUUUGUUUUUAAAUCAGUCUAUGAAACUUAAAAACUGAGAACUUCUUCAUGGGAUUUCUAUCUAAGUUAAUCUUAGUCUCUCAGAUUUAUUGCCUGUUAUCUGUAGAUCAAGGUUUCUUAGGAAGCUAAAAAGUAUAGUAGUGCAUUGGUUUUCUCCAGCUCUUAACAGAGAAUGCUUAUGCAAUUUCAUAGCACAGACUUUAAAUCUGAGCUGCUUUGAACAGCUGACAAUAUGAUUUUAAAUUUGAAGAUGGGAUACAGAUAAGUUGGAUAUCCUACUUCUUGUUGUUUUUUUUUAAUCUCCUAAAAAUGGUUUUGGUUCCCUUGUAUCUGUAGUUUCUUUUUAAAAAUUACUGCUGAAGGACAUUCUAUCUUGUUCUUUGAAAUCAUCACAGAGAGUUGCUAUCAAAUAUGUCAAAUACUGAUGUUCAGAAUUCUCUUCAGUUUUGUCCCAGAGAAGAAUUCCUUACAGUUAAUUUUAACUUCCCUUUACUGCUUUGUUGAUUCAAACUCUAGUACCUUCAUGCCAAUUUGGAAACUCCUUGCAGUUGUUUGGAAGAUUUGCAAGUCUUUUGACUAAAAUUUGGCUAAAUGUAUAUGAUGGGCUAAAAUUAGAAAAAGCUAUCAGCUUUACACUGAUAGUAGUGAAGGAUUAUAUAAAAUUUUUAGUAUUACUUUCUAGGUAUUUUUCUCUCUGAAUAUUCUGUGUUUUACCCCUGAAAUAUACUUAGGAAUGAAUAAAAUAUAAAUAUAAAAGUGAUAUUGAGGUGCCUUCAGCUGGCUAGUGUCAGAAAUGCAAACUUAACAACUUAGAUUAAAAAAUUUAGAGUAGAAUACUAGUUUGACAUCCAAAAAGUUGUGAAUAAUAAUUUCUUCACGGAGCUUUCUAGCAACAUCUUGGGCAUCACAGGGCAGUGUGUUUAUGUUUUGGUUAAGUCCUUUUCCUUCAAAAGUUUUCAUUUUUGAAUUGCAAAGGUAAUUAGCCUAAUAAAGUUAGCUGAGCCUUUCCCAUUUUCUGUGUUUGAACUUCUAGUAGCUGUUGUAAGAGAAGCAUAGAAUUCUGCCUUGUGUUAGCGUUAGAGAAAGCACUGGCAUAUUUUGAGGUAAUUCAGAAAGACUCUUAGAUUGCGACUAGAAACCUGUUUUUAAAAUAGGAUUACUAUUCAUGUCAUUAUAUAGCUACUGCAGGUAUAAAUUUAUCUAUUUUAAUUGUUUGUAAUAUUAUUUUGUGUAGGCCUGCUAGUUUUAGUCUGUGUGUAGUGUCAUCCUUAACUAUGUUAUUUUAGCAUUUUUAUGCACAUGAUUUGUAUGGGUUUGUAGCAUUUCUGAAGUUCAGAUUAGCUUUCUAAGUGAAACUGAUAUGUGAAGUCAGUCAUUAGUUUUCAGUCUGUUUCCUCUCCCUCUUUGUGUGUGUGUGUGUGUGUGUGUGUCUUUCUCUCACUCUCAGACACACACAGAUACACUUGAAGCUAGGGUAAGUUCUAAAUCAAAUCUCGAAAACCAGUAGUAAGAAAAAAGAAGUGGUAUUUUCCAAGCAAACAUCGUUUUUCUUCCCUACCCCUUUUUCUUGCUCCCUACACUGUUUAAUGUAGUGAUUUUUAGAUGCUUUUAUGAAUUAUGAACACAAAAUAAUGUAAUGAGGCAAACUGCUAGUAAGUGUGGAUGAUCAGAUAAAACCAAUGUAAUAAGUAUAAGAAAAUCAUUUUUUGGGAAAGAUAUUCUACAAAAGGAGUCCUUCAUAUAAGAAAUUCUUUCUUGUAAUACAUUUAAAAUUAAAUUCACUUGUGUAUAACUAAGUACUCUUUACCCAGGCCAUGAAUCUUUUUUAGGCCAAGGAUCAUGUUAGCAUCUAACACGUGGCACAGUAAAUGAUUGUUACUUUGACAUCAGUCAACUUUUCUGUCUGUUUAAAUCACCUAUGCCAUAGGAAUAAAUAGUUGAAGGAAAGUUAAUGUUAACUGUCUUUGGCUUGUUAUAACUCUGUCAACAGUGUAUUAUGUGAAAGUCACUGUGCCAGAAACUGAAAAAUACAUCCUGUUUAAAGUCCACUUGUCUCCUGGUGUACUUACCGCUCCUGGAGACUAGGAUCAUUGGAAGGUACAGGGUGAGAGAGUGGAAAAAUGGAGUUGAGCUUUUAAAUGUUGGGAGUGAGUUUGUUCAUUGAAAUGAUGGUUCAGGUUUUGGUGUAUAUCAUGUUCCUAAGAGGUGAAGUGCAUUUUGCAGAGUUAACUGUUAUCACAGGCUAUAAAUCCAUGUGUCUGUAGUACUGUAAGGAACAGCAGUUGUUAGAUACAAGGUGAAAACAAGCAUCACAACUAAAAGGGAACUGACACAGGUGACAUGUAGGUGAGACUGUUGGUUAGAGAGCUAAUAAAGAUUUUCUUUAAGGUUCUUAGAAAGAUGUUUCUGAGAUGAUACUGUCUUAACCUUUUGAAUACAGAUCUCUUGACCUGAGUUAAUUAUGAGGAUGAGAGGAAAGGAACCUCUUUAGCUCCUUGGUUAUAUUCCUUUGACAUAUUUCUAGUAACUCUUGAAAGAGGGAAAACUAUCUGAAAUGUUGACUUCAGCAAACAUAUUUGAAGAAGUCCUUUGGGGUCAGUUUCCUUUGUCUCUCUCUCUCUUUCUAAUUAGGCUAUAUACUAUAGCAGUAAAAGGGAAAGACUGAGGUUAAUUAUUAUAUGCUACAGCUUAAGUGAUUUUUCUAAAGAGAACAAUGUCAUUGAAAGUGUUUAUUUAAAAAGAAUUCACAGCUCACAUUGAAUUUAUGAAGGCCAAAGAAAUUGAAGGGAAUGGUAAAGGUAGAUAAAAAAGUGUUAUAUCCACAUAUUUAAUAGAUUUUUUAUAUCAGAAUACCAGGUAGUAUUUUACCUGUGAAAAUGUAUUUCAGAUUACUUUGUUUUCUUGUGUUAGAGCCUCAAGUUAAAAAUUGUAACAAUUAAAUCAUUUUUUCCCCCCCCGGAGUAUUUAAAGAUUGUUAAUAUGACAGUGUUUCUCUAGCUUGACGAAUUUAACUCUCCUUAGAUCCGUGAUGAUAACCAAUAGGAUGGAUAGUACUAGCUUUGAACUGAUAGUAUCCGCAGUUAAAAUAAAAAUCAUAGUUAACUAGCAAAACUAUCAAGUUAUGCCAUAUUAACUUGUGAGUCUGUAAUAACUUGAUAUCAAUGUUAUGGAAUAUACGAUAAAUAAUGCUAAUGAGAACUUUUUAAGAAAUCUUAAAUUACCUUUCUUACUAUACUAGUUUUCAGAAUGAAUAUAGAAAUGAUCCUGUUAGCCUUUUAAAACUGUUCUGCAGUAGAAAUUUUUUUUUUUUGCUUAAAUAAAACUUUUCAUAUUUGUUUAAGUUAUAUUUCUUUUGAGCUGGAAAUUUUAGAAUCAUCCUGGCUUUGUUUCAGUUUUCUGUUCUUUAAGAUGAAUGUUUAGUUUACUGAGCCACUUAGUCAUUUCUUCCUCAUGUCUUCUCAGUCUAAUGACUGUAUUUCCGAACUGUGAAUAAGUUACCCAAAUCUUGCUGCGAAUUACAUUUUUAAGCAGUUUGCCAAUAUUUGAAGUAUAUACAUGUUUGUUGUUGUGUUAAAGAUUGUAUUGUACUAAGAUUGUAGCCAAUGUUUAGUUGUCAGUAAACAUUUUUUAUGCUAAAAGUUUAUUCAUCACUGUUGGUUUUAAAAAGAAGAAAUAUUACAUUAUAUUCAAAAGUCAUGUCUUCACUCCAACUUCCCAAUUACUUUAAAAAGGAUCAUUAGAUAAAACAAAGGCUCUACUUUUUCUGAUGUUAUGCUCUGUAAAUAUUAUACUUACUCAAGUCUUUUAGACUUGUGUGUUUCCAGCACAUUUACAGGGUAUACAGUGAUCAGCAACUCUAAGUUGUUGAUAGUUGGAAAAGAAGGGUGUUUAGGAUGGGUGAAUAGUAAAAUAACAUAUACUCCAAAUCAAAAGUUUCUGUCAUAUCUGGCAGUCUAUUAAUUGUAGAACAGAGAGUCCUUUUACAGGAUCCUUUGAUAAACAGCAAGCUAAAAAUCUCUAUCCCUAGUGCUUACAGCACUUGCUGUGUUUUGCAGGAAACAGAGUUAUGCCCAGCGUGGUUUGAAUGAAUGGAUAUGCUGUGUUGCCUUCCCAUAGAAUUGAGCCCAAUCUUUCAUCUCUCUUUUGCUCUGUGUUGCUCUGCAGCAAAGCCCAGGGCUGCCACACCAGCAUGAAUCAUUUUUUCCACAGGCCACAUUUUUUACAUAAAAUUUAGCUUUACUUCUAGUGAAAAGUUUUCUUUAAAUCCUCUUCAAUUCACUAUCAGUAAGUAUUUACUGAGUACUUUUAAAGGCCAAGAAAUAAUUUCCCUAGAAAUUACGAGGCCACUUUUCAUUGGAGUGGAUUUAAGGAAAAAUAAGUUCUUUAAUUUUUUGGAUGAGUGAAAGAAGUCUUUAUUAAGUUUCUCUCAUUAUCCAUGGUUAAACUGUUUUAUCUCACUUUCAAAAAAUGAUGUGGAAGCUUUAUUAGCUAGCUUUAACAAGCAUCCCAGAGAUCAAAACUAAUCUUGUAAUAAUAUAAGAAAAGUUGCCAGGUUAUAGGUCAUUUAACCAGACAAAAUUUAUUACUGUCUUUUUGGUUAGCAUGUAUACAGGAGAUUUUUCCCACAGUUGAAAAGACAUGUUUGUGAUCUUCAUAUUAACAUGAUUCAUUGACUCAAACACCAAAGUUCACACAUGUAUUUUUUCAUAAAGAAUGCUGUUAUGCAGCCAGAUUUCCUUUUCCGUAUUUCAAAAAAUAUUUGAAUAUGGAGCAUGGAUAUGUAAUUGAAAUAUGGAAUAAAAAGUGGAGCUUGUAAGCAAUUGGAGAAGUGCUCUCUGGAUAAAAUGGUAGCUAUUUCCUUCCCAUUCAUUUAUCAAUCUGCCUUUAUAUAUGUUUAUAAAAAGUAAAAAACUUUUAUUGUUAGGAGGAAAGCAAUUGGCAUGGUUUCAUAUGUUUUUAAUUUCUGUAGUAUAGUGAGUAUUGCAUUAUUUCCAACAAUGCAAAUAAGUUAUAUUGUGGAACUCACAGCAAUUGUACACCUGGGGGAUCUUCAGGGGUUAAUUUUUGCCUCUGUCACUCAGCUUUGUAUGUUUUGAAAUGGAGAUAAAUACAGUGUGGUCUUCGAAGGAAAAUGGCCAAAAUUCCCAAAGCUUGUAAUAUAAGUAAAUACUCAUUGAGAGUUCUAGAUCCAUUGUACCUAGAAGGCAAAUGAUCACGUGUUCUUAACUAAUGUGUUCUUGAUUUGUGAGACCCAAAGGUUGAUUUCCGUUAAUUUUAGAUCGUCAUGCAGUAGCCGAGCUGCAAAGGCCUAGAUCUGUCAGCGUCACUGCAGUUUGUUUUUGCAAACAGCCCCUUUGAGGUGACCCUGUUGUUGGCAUUAGGAAAAGCCAGUGUGGCAACAGUCAAGGGUGUUUUACUAUGGCAAGUUCAAUGUGAGAUGGACUCAUUAGAAAACUUUGUCUUCAAAGAAUGCCCCACACUGGGAUGGAAAAUAGUCUGAGACAAUAAAAACCAGUUUCUAGGUAAGCAAAAUUGCGUUAAAUUCAAGUUUCUUUCUGUGUUAGACUUGAAUGUAUCUAGCUAGUGUGAUUUAUGGGGGCUUUUGGUGGGGUUUUUUUCCCCCUAUUUGCUUUGUGUGUAGAAUUGUUUUGAAAUACUGAGUAUAUUUGCUUUGAAUUUUAUCUCUUUCUGUUUUGUAUUCAUCCUUUGAAUAAAAUUGUAAAUCCAA